AUGUACGCUCGUUACGUCCCAUCCAAAAAGAAGGAGGCUCAGGCGCCUGUCGAAGCUUCGGCGCCGCCUCCUCUCCCGGCUCCAGAACCAUCCGCGAUACCAGCUAGCGAGCCAGUCGUGACCGAAGGUACCACCGCGGCCGUUCCGUAUGCACGAUUCGUACCGUCCAAGAAACCUCGCACCUCAAUUUUGAGUGCAGCACCGACAGAACCUGACGUCCUGUCCCCGGCGACGAAGCGCAAACAUGAAGAGCCGCUCGAGGCCGUAGAUACCCCCGUCAAGAAGAAGAAGUCAAGAAAGUCGGAAACUGGUGCUGCAUUAAACGAAGAAGAGACGUCACCAAAAAAGUCUGAGAAAUCGGAGUCAAAAGACACCAAGUCGGAAAAGAAGCAAAAUAAGAAGCGCGAAUCUGAGGUCGAGGCUCCAGAAGUAGAGGAUGCCAAGGAAAAGAAGGAUAGGAAAAAGAAGAAGAAAGACCGCGAACAGGACGAGGACGCAGAAGAUGACGCUGUCGACAGACGACACAAGGACGUCCUGGCUAAGGCUACAAAGUACUUGAAAAAGUCAGCAGAACUGAUCGCCAAGAAUGAAGCCGCGGACAAGAUGGACGUGGACGAGGAAGAGGAGAAGGAAGAAGAAUACGACUUGGUGCCCCUUCCACAACCCGAACCGACCGCCCUCGAUAACUCGAAACCAUCUUACGAGACGCUGCCACCAUGGCUCGCCGCCCCGAUCCGCGUAGCUCCCGACACACGGACACCCUUUGCAGAUAUUGGUAUCAACCCGAAAGCAGCACAGAUUCUCGAGUCAAAGGGGUUCAAGGACGCUUUUGCUGUUCAGACGGCCGCUCUUCCCUUGCUUCUGCCGUCUUGCAAGCAUCGCCAGGGGGAUGUCCUCGUUGCCGCAGCCACUGGUUCCGGUAAGACCCUGGCAUACGCUUUGCCCAUUGUGCGCGACAUCAGCCAAGGCGCCGUGACGAGGCUGCGGGCUCUGGUCGUUUUGCCGACGCGUGAGUUGGUCAAGCAGGCCCAGGAGGUAUUUGAGCUUUGCGCCAGCGCAUUCGAUGGCCGAGAGCAGAAGAGAGUGCGCAUCGGCAUUUCCAUUGGUAGUCAGCAGUUGAAGCAUGAGCAAGCCAGUCUCAUCGAAAAGAGGGAGAGGUACGACCCUGAAGCGUAUCGUGUCGCACACCAAAGGGAAUUGGAGGCAUGGAAGGAUGUUGAAGACACCGCAGCAGAAGAUGGAGAUGCAGCAGUAACUAAGCCGAUCGCCGGGUCUCUUCCGGAUCACAUUGUCGACUACACAUCCAAGGUCGACGUCCUAAUCUGCACCCCCGGAAGGCUCGUCGAGCACAUCAACCUGACCCCCGGCUUCUCACUAGACUAUGUGCGCUGGAUGGUUGUCGACGAAGCCGACAAGCUCCUCGCUCAGAGUUUCCAGGGCUGGCUGGAUACCGUCAUGCCCAAGCUCAGCACCAACAAAUUCAGCGCUCGCGACUUCCCCGACUCAAAUCUGAGCGGCGUGCGCAAAGUCGUCCUCAGUGCCACUCUGACGCGAGACCUUAGCUUGCUGAGUGGGCUACAACUCCGUAGGCCGCAGCUCAUCGUCUUGGAAGGCAAACAAGCCGACAGCACGACAUCUAUUGCCGAGCAUACCCUGCCCACUCUGCUCAAGGAAUCGGCCAUCAGAGUACACGACGCAAACCUCAAGCCGCUCUACCUCAUCGACCUCCUUCUCGACGGCCACCUCAUGUCCGAGACCACGUCCAAGACGGCUUCCGAGUCGCCCGCGGAAGACAACGCCAUAUCUUCAUCAGACGAUUCCUCAGACUCCGAUUCCUCCUCAGACUCAGAUUCCGACUCGGACUCAGACAGCUCCUCAGACGCCAGCUCAACAGCUGCCGCUGCCACCACAUCCAAAUCUUCCACAAAACCCUUCACAACAACAGCCCUCAUCUUCACCAAAUCAAACGAAUCCGCCCUCCGCCUCUCCCGCCUCAUCUCUCUCCUCCACCCCUCUCUGGCCCCGUCCAUCGCAACCCUCACCUCAACCCAAAAGACCUCGGACCGCCGCCGCGCCCUCCGCGCCUUCGCCGCCCGCCGCCUCCGCCUCCUCGUCGCCUCCGACCUCGUCGCCCGCGGUAUCGAUCUUCCCCUCCUCGACAACGUCAUCAACUACGACCUACCCGCCAGCGCCGCCGGCUACGUCCAUCGCGUUGGCCGUACCGCGCGUGCUGGCCGCGCCGGCGCCGCCUGGACGCUGGUUGAAGACGGCGAGAGUGGUUGGUUCUGGGGUAAAAUUGCCAAGCCGAGCAGCGGGAUCCGUCGCGCGGAGAAGGUUGAUCGUCUGCGUAUCGGAGACCCCGACAGCGGCGGGUUCGAGGAGGAGAGAGUGCAGAAGUAUGAGGAGGCGUUGGAGAAGUUGGGCAAGGAGGCCGGUGAAGCCAGGAGGCAAAGAUAG